UUCUCUUAAUACAUCCAUGUCUUUGACUCUGUUUUCCUCCUAGGUUCAGUGUUGUGCCAAAUGACAUCACCAACAUAAACAUCUGUUGUUUACGCUAAACUGAAUUUCACUCACUGCGUUCUCAAUCACUUUUCUUUGAAAGAAGCGAAAAGUAGCACAUCCUGCAGCUCACGUCUCGUUAAUCAAUGAGGAUGUUUCUCCUGUUCUGCGUCCUCUGCCUGAUGUCUUCUACUGGCUACAGUCAGCUUCCAGGACCUCCUGGUCCUAAUGGUGACACAGGAUUACCUGGGCCAGCUGGGCCAAUUGGAUUUCCUGGACCAAGAGGAGCAGAUGGAGCGAUGGGACCUUGUGGACCGUCUGGACCUGCUGUACCUUGUGAACAAGGUCUCUCUGGUCAGGAACUUGAAACAUUAAAGAACAGCCUCGCUAAGUUAGAGCGGGCCAUGAACUAUGACUUUGUCCGAAGAGUUGGUCAGAAAUACUUUGUGUCCUACAAGAAGAGAGACUCUUUCUCUACGGCCGUCAAGUUCUGCUCCCAACGAGGCUUAGAGCUGGCUUUGCCCCAGAACGAGGAGGAGAACAACAUACUCACUCAGUUCUUUGGGGACGUUUACAAAACAGCCUGGAUCAACGUCAACACUAACAAAGCUGAGGGGAAUUUUGAGGUUGAUAUGAAAAACCGACCUCUGACCUUUACCAAAUGGGGAGAAGGGCAGCCAGACAAAUCCAUCCAGAAUACAGGCUGCACCAUGCUGUCAGAAAACGCAGUCUGGAGAGUGACACACGAGUGUUUCCUGAAUGCUUUCAUCAUUUGUCAGUUAUAGAAAGUUGUUGUAUCCUUGCAAGUCAUGUUUUAAUGUUGCUUUAAACAAAUAUACAGUCUCUUAUAAUAUCCAGUGAAUCAAAAAUAAUGACCGUAACUUUAUCUUUAUCCUCAUUUUGAUGGAGAUAUCAUGGAAACUUCUUCCAGGUCCGGGUUUAGGAACAAUAACUCGAUGUAAUAGUUUCCCACCACCAUCCUUGUGAUGUAUCUUAAUCCCUCUUUAAAAAAUCCCUCUUGAUUGCAUCAGCAAUGUGGCAUUAUUACUCUUAUAACAUAAUAACAUAUUCCUCUACUAAAAAGAAUUUAAGCAAAUGAUUAUGCUAAUACUUUACAUGGCUAUGUAAAGAGUGUAAGAUCUUUUCAAAUGGGGUGUUUUUAAAGCAUAUAUGACACAAUAAAGCAUACAGCAGUGA